UUAUGUAAAGGUUAUGAUUUCUUAUUGUGUUAUAUAGAAGUGGAUAUUUUUAAAGUUAAAUUAAAAUGGUGAAAGGUGAUAUGAACAAUUAUUGUUGUGUAGUAGUAAAUGUAUGUAUGUACAUGUGUCGUAGUGUUUUCGUGAUGUUUAUUUUAAUCUUACAAGUAAGUAUAAACUACCGGAAAAUAAAACAAAUCAGAUACUCGUAUUAAAGAUAACGGUCUACUGCGGUAUUUGCUAGCUAAUAUAACAAAUUCCUUUAAGAUUCUUGGGGUUGCAAGAUUUCUCGAAUUAUUUGGGGGCAAUUUUAAUAACAGUUAUAUAUUGUAGUGUACAUAACGUUAUGUUUCGAGAAAAUGUUGAACAGAAUAUGUUGAAGUAUAAUGAAAAGUGUUUAGUUUAUGUAUUAGUGUGUUUAUUUACCUGUAAUUGAAUUAGUGGCCUUUAUCAUUAUUGAUCUAGUUGACACAGUGGGAAAUGACUGUUGAUAUUUGGAGCAAAACACCUUUACGAAAAUGAUAAGAGAUGCAGCAUCUGUUAAUUAUUUCAGGUCCAUCAAUGAACGUGUGAAAGCUGUGUGCAUCGCUUACUCGCUCAGUUACCUGUCAAGGAUUCUAAUAUUUACUCGCGGCGCAGACAAGCUGCCUCCUGAGGCGCAUCGAUUGGCCAAGACGGAGAAGUUGACGCGCGUCAUGGGGCCUACCGUACACAACCGCCUGCCGGACCACGUCACAAAGGCAACCAACCUCGCAUCAUUUAAAAAUAGAUUAAAAUGUUUUUUUUUACUUAAAUUUUUUUUCGAUACAUCGUUCUCAUAUGACCUGUAACUUUAAUCAAAUAAAGCAAAGAUUGUGGGAAAUGCAAAAUAAUGUAAAUUUACCAGUCCCUUAAUAUCAUGUUACUUGUAAGCUUCCAUAAAACAUGUUCAUUUAUCAACGAUUGCCAAAUGUUGGUUUAUGUAAUUUUUGUGUGUCUUCGUAAAGAUUUUAUUAUGAUUGUGUUAAAAAAAUUAAACUAAAAAUUAAACUUCUAUCCUUUGAAAGAUACUGAUAUGGCUACCCUAUUCAAGAAAUUUAUGCCCUCAUAAAAUAUGAACACGCUCUUUAUGCCCACAAUAUAAAACAACCUGGUGUUUGUAUCCUUCGAUCA